AUGUUCUUUCACUUGUCGAUGGAACAUGAAGUGUGCCUUCAUCCCAAGUAUUUCGGAGCAAAUCUCAACGAAACCAUCAAAAUGAAGCUUUUCGCCGAGGUGGAAGGCACGUGUACUGGCAAAUUUGGCUUCGUCAUCGCUGUGACGACAAUCGAUACUAUCGGACAUGGACUUAUUCAGCCUGGUCGCGGAUUUGUAAUAUAUCCCGUCAAGUACAAAGCGAUUGUAUUCCGGCCAUUCAAAGGCCAGGUUGUUGAUGCUGUGGUUAAUCAAGUUAAUAAAGUUGGAAUAUUUUGCGAUAUCGGUCCACUGUCAUGUUUCAUUUCAAGGCAUUGUAUUCCUCCAGACAUGGAAUUUGACCCGAAUUCAAAUCCGCCUUGUUACAAAACUGAAGAUGAAACCUCAAUCAUAAAGCAGGAUGAUGAAAUUCGAGUGAAGCUCAUCGGAACUCGAGUUGAUGCUAAUGACAUAUUUGCCAUUGGUACUCUCAUGGACGACUUUUUGGGCCUCUGUUCCACUGAAUGA